GUGUGUGGGGACAAUGGAGGACAGCACAGAAGAAGACAUUGAGUCUCUGAUUGAGGGGAUGGCCUACAUCCCUGGCCACUUUCAUUUGGAGCUGAAUUUGAACGGUGAACCCAAUGGACCAGUCACCCUUCGGCACCGGGACACCCAGCUCAAACGCGAGAGCCUCAGGGCUGAGCUUGAAGCUGAGACAGGACGUCUGCAGUAUGCUGUGCGUAAUAUACUGGGCCUGUUGGCCUUCCAUGUAGACGAACUGGAGACGGCAGAAGAGGCCUUUCGCAGCAUCUGCCAAGAGGAUCCAGAAAACCUCAAUGCCUGGGCCAACCUGGGUUACGCAUAUGAACGCCUGGGCCGCGAGCUGGAGGAGGGGGAGUGCAUGGAACGUGUGGCUGCCCUUAUGGGCCCAGAGAUGGGGGAGAACCAGACAGACUGCAGGCUCAGGGUAGCACGGUGCUUGGCUGAACAGGCGUACACACAUCCUCAUGAUGUGGAGCUGGAGAGAGACGAAGAUUUACAAGAGAGACUGACAGCCGCGCUGAUGUUAUACAACCGCGCACUCGAUUAUGGAGAGGAACUGAUACCAAUAGAGGAAAAAAGAAGUUGGUAUUUCAAAAUGGCAACAAUUUACAUAAGGUUAGAUGGAAUUGUAAGGGAUUCGAUAGACAUUGACCUCACAAGACUGAACUAUUUCAACAAGGGCCUCAAGCUUCUCACAGAGACUCUAAAAUCGGACAACACACAUCUCAAAGCAAUGGGCUGGUGUUAUGUUGGUCUCAUGCUGGAGCGGACGGAGGAGUUCUCCACUGUGCCAAUGUCAGUCCAUGACUGUGGGUUCUCUGGAUCUGACCCUUUGACAUGUUACGGAUCGGCCAUUAAGCUCGCCAUGGAUGAUGCAUUCAUACUCAACAGGCUAGCAAACGUGUUCUUCCUGUCAGGCAAACUGGAGAUGGCCACAGGUAUCUGUAACAUGGCCCUGAGUGUCCUGCCUGAUGCAGAACUCAACUGGCAGGCAUACUGCAUUCGCGCCAAGCUUGGUGUUACCAUAUAUGCAAAAGAUCUUGAUAAAGCGAAGUGCGGCCAAGGUGGCAUUCCUGACCGUCAGAUUCUGAAAGAGGCCCGUGCUGACCUGGAACGUGUUCUGGCUGUGCGACCCUGCUUGAGGACUCAUUUGGAGAUGGGUCAGGUUUACUACUACAUGGGUGUGGACGCCCUGCAGGAGAGCCUGUUGGUCGAUGAGAUGGCGAUAAACCAGGCCCUGGUCAGUCUAGCUAGAGCUCUGCAGUGUCCUCUGGGCUCUACAAUCUCUAAACUACAGCUCCUGCGGGGUCGCUGCCUGCUGCUGAAAGGAGAGGAGCAGAAUGCCAUUGACUGUUUUAGGAAAGCACUUGAACUGGAACCUCCCAGCAUCCAAGACACGGCAGUCCUGCGCUGCAUGCUACAGGCUAUUCUAGUGAGCUUCACCCAGAGCGGGAACGACACAGGUCAUGCUAUUAUCCAAUUAGAGGAAUGUUUAAAGCAGGCGGAAGAGCGAUAUGGAGCAAACGUUGUUCAGACUGAGUUGAAGGCUCUGUGCCGAGCACACACAGAUGAGGUGACAGAGCUCUCAAAAGAUCUGGUGAGGAAGGGGAGGUUGGAAGUGGUCAGAAAGUUGCUGAAGAGCAUACAGCCACAAGGGAAAAGGUUCUCAAUGGGAAGGUCCAUGUCUAUUUGAAAGAGUCUGUGGAACAAUGGAAAGGGACUCCAGAUAAUGUUCUGAUGGGCAAUUAUGUGAUGUCCAUGAGUUAUGCAUGUUAAGACAGGAAUUAACAAUAAAGCUACUCAUUUCAAA